CUUUUGCUUACAGUAUAGUCCGCGGGGCUUCAAAUUGGAGAAUUUCCUCUUUCCUCUAAAAGCCCUAGUUCUUAUACUUUGAUUUCGAGAGGAAUUCGUCGUAAUCACGCCAAUGGUGGACGAGCCAACGCCCAAGAGGCCCAAAAUUUCCAGGGGGGAUGAUGACUAUGUCCCUGGAAAUAUUAUUAAAAUUGAGAUUUGCAACUUCAUGACCUUCAGCAAACUGACCUGCAAGCCUGGUUCACGCUUAAAUUUGGUUAUUGGGCCAAAUGGCUCUGGAAAGAGUUCUCUCGUAUGUGCCAUUGCACUUGGACUUGGAGGUGAACCAUCGAUUCUUGGAAGGGCUAAGAAAAUUGGAGCUUACGUGAAACGUGGAGAGGAAUCUGGAUAUAUUGAGAUUAGUUUGAGAGGAAAGAGGAAGGAAGAACAAAUUACCAUUAUGAGGAAAAUUGAUAUCCAUAACAAAUCUGAGUGGCUGUUGAAUGGUAAUGUGCCUUAUCUUGUAAUGAUAAAUCAGAGUGAUACGGUUCGAGUAAUUGCAGGAUUCAAUAUCCAAGUUGAUAAUUUGACUCAAUUUCUACCACAAGACAGAGUUUGUGAGUUCCCCAAGCUGACCCCAGUACAACUCCUUGUGGAGACUGAAAAAGCUGUUGGCGAUCCUAGAUUACCUGUUCAUAAUAAUCUCAUCGAGAAGAGUAAAGAGUUGAAGAAAUGUGAACGAGAUAGGAUGAAACAAUUAAGCGCACAAAUCGUGGAGCUUGAAGAGGCUGCUAAAGAGAUCAGAUAUGAGAAAAGGGAAAAUGAGAAGCAGAUAAACAAUCAUAGAACGAUGCUGACGCAGUGUAUGAACAGGUUGAAAGAAAUGGAGAACGUAAACAAUAAGUGUUUGCAAGCAUUAAAGAAUUCUGGUGCUGAGAAGAUAUUUGGGGCUUACCAAUGGGUUCAGGACCAUCGUGCGAGUUCAAAAAGGGAAAUGUAUGGUCCUGUAUUGCUUGAGGUCAAUGUAACCAAUCGGCUGCAUGCAGGCUACCUAGAGGGUCAUGUUGCCCAUUACAUAUGGAAGGCUUUUAUUACUCAGGACUCCGAGGACCGUGAUUUACUGGUUAGAAACCUAAGGUCCUUUGAUGUUCCUGUAAUUAAUUACGUCAUGACUGGGAACCACCAGAGUGGCUCCUUCCAGGCAACCGAUGAGAUGCGUAAACUUGGCAUAUCUUCCAGGCUUGAUCAGGUGUUUGAAGCUCCUCAUGCUGUCAAAGAAGUUUUGAUCAGCCAAUUUUAUUUGGAUCAAUCAUAUAUUGGGUCAAAAGAGACCGAUGAGAGAGCUGAUAUGGUAAAUGAAUUGGGAAUCGCAGACCUGUGGACCCCAGAAAAUCAUUAUCGUUGGUGCAGGUCCCGCCGGGGUCAUGUAUCUACAAAUGUUGAAACCGUAGAACAGUCUCGCCUACUUUUAUGCAAUUUGGAUGUGAAGGAAAUUGAGGUUGUAAGAUCGAAGCAAAUCGAGCUGGAAGAUAAAAUUUCUACUAUAGAUGUUACUUUAAAAUCUCUUCAAGCUACCUUAAGACAGAAAGAAGAUGAAGCUGCGGAGCUUCAACAUGAAAGGGAGAAGAUUGUUAACAUCAUUCAAAAGGAGAAGAGGAAAUGGAGGGACAUGGAACAUUUUGUCAAUCAAAAAAGAAUAAAGUUGAAGUCAAUAGAAAGUGAGGAUGAUCCAGAUGCUGCCAUAGAUAAGCUCACUGAGCAGGUUAAAGAUUUGAAGGUUCAGCGCUUCCAAUGUAUAUUUGAACUUAAGAAUUUACUUAUAGAUGCUGUUGCUUAUCGGAGAAGUGUCGCUGAAAAUAACAUGAGUUCCAUUGAACUUGACGCUAAGAUUAAGGACAUGGAGUCCAAUGCAAAGCAACAAGAGAAGUUAGCCUUGCAAGCAUCGUUAUUCCUUGACCACUGUAAAAGUGCCUCAGAUAAUUGCCGAAAGGAGUUGCAGGAUGCCAAGAGAUAUGCAGAAUCAGUUGCUAUUAUUACGCCUGAGCUUCAGCAGGCCUUCCUGGAGAUGCCUACUACUGUUGAAGAACUGGAAGCUGCCAUCCAGGAUACGAUAACUCAAGCAAAUGGCAUUCUGUUCCUUAACCAUAAUAUUCUGGAGGAAUAUGAAAACCGUCAAAGAAAAAUUGAAGCACUUACUAACAAGCAAGAGGCUGAUGAAAAGGAAUUAAAAAGCCUGUUAGAUGAAAUCGAUGCUCUGAAGGUUAAGGGAAAUUGGCUCCCAACAUUGAAAAACCUCGUGGCUCGGAUUAAUGAAACAUUUAGUUGUAAUUUCCAAGAAAUGGCUGUUGCAGGCGAAGUAUCAUUAGAUGAACAUGGCACAGAUUUUGAUCAAUAUGGAAUAUUGAUAAAAGUGAAAUUCAGGCAAACUGGACAGCUGCAAGUUUUAAGUGCUCACCACCAAUCUGGAGGGGAGCGUUCUGUUUCAACCAUUCUCUACCUUGUCUUGCAAGACCUGACAAACUGCCCAUUUAGGGUGGUUGAUGAGAUAAAUCAAGGCAUGGACCCCAUAAAUGAGAGGAAAAUGUUUCAGCAAUUGGUGAAAGCAGCCAGCAGGCCAAACACACCGCAGUGCUUUCUGCUCACCCCUAAAUUGCUGGCAAACCUAGAAUACAGCGACGCAUGCAGCAUUCUGACUGUGAUGAACGGUCCUUGGAUCGAUCAGCCUUCAAAAGUGUGGAGUGGUGGUGAAAACUGGUCUUCAAUCAGAAUGCAGUUGGAGAAUAACUGUUGCUAAGGGCUGUAAGUUGUCUUAUUAUAUUCCUUUUUGGGGUGAAAAUACACUGAAAAGAGGCAGUACCAUUUCAUGUCACUAUUAUUUUGCUUGGCAAUAGGCAUGUGGAGUAUGUUAUAAUUAUUCAAUCUUGUCGAAAAGAGGCAGUAUCAAUCUCGAUUGCAUGGAUUUAUUGUA